CGCCAGCAAGGCACGUGUAAAUUGCAAUAUCUGUCUCAAAACUUCUUCGUCUACUGCUAUUUCGUCUCAGCCUUGUUCUAUAUUUCUUAAAUCCGAAUAUACUCUUGGGUUGAACAGGUUACUUCUCGUUGUCAGUAGUAGAGAAACCUCCCAUUUAUUCAUACAAGUACGGCCGUAGUGGGAUACCAGUCCCCGGUCACGAUUGUGUUUGCUGUUAUCAUUCAGGGAGAUAUUUCAGAAAUGUCAUAUUUAUCUAUCUUUCACCUCCUCCUAAGACUGUGAUUACUUCCCACUACGGUUAUACCAUUCGACAUUUCUGUCUCACACACACAAAAGAUGGCGCCGGUUCCUUUCACGCACCCAGUCAGGCAUCUUCCCUUGAUACUAGCUGCAGGGCACCUCUCGUCCAUCGCAUAUUUCACAUAUGCCGUAUGUGACAGUUUGUACACAUCCUAUAAGUCGUUAGGCCCUGUCUCAAACACACGAUCUCGCAUAGAGCAGCGCAGGAAAUACACUCCACUUUUCCUUGCGCUCGCAGGCAUCGCCUUUUUGGCAGCGGCAGCGGGCUCGAUCAAGUUUGCAACCCUAUCGUACCGAACUUGGGCUUAUGAGCAUGGCUUAGACAUGAGACACCGGCUCCUGGAUGAAAGUGGGAACUACCUCCUAGACGACAACAACUCAAGCCAACUUUACAUUGCCCAAUGGCUGAGUGACACGCCGAUUUACAGAGAUGCUCUUGAAAUUGUGGCCGAGAGAGCCCGUCGUUUCUGGUGGGGACAGCAGAUCGAUCUGGGAAUUACAGCAUUCAGCUUGAUGUUAGCUACCGAAGGCCGCCGUCGCAACAUCCCUAUGUUAACAGCCUUCCUCGCUCUGGCACACUUGGUGAACCUAUCGUUUGCUCUGAAUCUCUUCUUUGUAGCCCUCCUACUGACACCUUCACCAUUGCCCGAAGGUGACGGAGACCUUCAUCUGCCAGUGGCACCAUUGCCAACAUCGACUUGGAUCCGACUACGCAAUAAGUUGAGACAGCCAAAGCCAACUGGCUGGGUCCCCAAUCCACCCCUUCUAUACGGAGCCAUAGCACUAAAUCUUGGGUUGAGUUUGUUACUGCCCUACGCUGCUGAAACGUCCACGUUCUCAAAUGUGGCUUUCGUAGCUCGUGCCUCGACGUUCUUGCCUAUCCUCUUACCUAAGCUCAUACCAGUUCACUGGGGUAGUAUUCAGCAGCACCCACACGGCGCUUACGAAUCUCUUACGAAAUUGUUUAGGUUUCUAUCAGCCGCCUCGUUUGCCUUGCACAUGAAAACGAGUAUCGUGGCUUUGCUCUCGAACCAGCCCAAUUUACACUAUCACCGACAUAGCGCUUUGUUCCCUUGGGAUGUAGAAGAGCGGUCGCGCUGGGAGCGCGGUACCAGCGCCCUGGGGAAAGUUCUCGGAUCUGCAUUCGAACAUCCUGUUGUUGCCUCCGUGGCUUGGGACGUCGUACAGUGUGCGCUAAGUCUAGGUUUCUGGGCAGCCAUUCGCGGCAUUAAUGCCCAUGACAUGCUAAUCUCUUCUAUCCCUUACUACAAUUCCAGCCCGUCCAGCUUUGAGUGGACAAGUCGCGAGAAAGGACGUCUUAGAAACGACGUCCUCAAUUUCUUAGAGCCCAGCAAAGCCGAUACAAAUGAAGAGCAAGAGGACAGCCAGGACAACGCUACGAGCCUUCGUGAGCGUCGGCGCAUAGGCAGCGCUGCUAGCGAGAGCGAUACAAGUGAUGAUGCACAGAUAAUCCCUACGCCCUCGAAACAACCACGUGGGCGUCUACGAAAAUCAAAGCAACCCAACGCAGACAGCACGGAUGAGGAGACGUCUUCACCCCGUGAACAACCCCAGCGCUCUCACCGCAAACAGACCGAGGAAGACGAUGACUACAAACCGACUCCCGCGACCGCCAGAUCGGCUCUCGAAGGCGACGAAUCCCCGCCAGAAGAUCCCGAUUGGGAGUCUGGGUCUCUCGCCUGGGGUCUCGCUACAUUCGGCGGGCUGGCGUCCGCUUGCGCCGGUGUUUUCGGCGGCGAAUGCAUUUCCAGAUGAUGAUGACUGACUACGUUACAUUACAUGCAUGUACGAUAUAUAGCGUACUCGGAGUUAAGGCAGCUUUCUUGCUCUCAUUCCUUGCUUUAUUCUCCGGCGUUCAAGGACCAGACAGACACAGGAACACAAAAAGUCAAGCUUAACAUCAAUAUUGUAAGAGUAAAAAGGAGAUAUAUAGAUAACCAGAUACUGCACUUCUAAGUAUCUAUCAUCGGCGUUUUCGAGCAAGAGCGGAAGAUAAAAAACAAAAAGAAAGGGAGGAAAAUUAGCGGCGUUAAAGGAUGCUGAGUUUAGCAUUGCCUGCUGUAGGUUUAUCUCUCUGCUUGUACUUACAUAUCUCAGCUAUGUAGAUACUAAAAUGGCCCAAU